AUGGACGGAGAGGACGACAAACACUCAGUGGACAUCCACGACAAUCCUCCGCAGCCGGACAACUUUGUGAAGGAGGACGGAGGAGACACGGUGUACUUCAUCUACGAGGAGGAGGUGGAGGUGGAGGAGAAGGAUCCGGAGCCGCCUUCGGAGCCCGUUCGAAUGAUCAACGACAAACCGCACAAGUUCAAAGAUCACUACUGCAAGAAACCCAAGUUCUGCGACGUGUGCGCACGCAUGAUAGUGUUGAAUAACAAGUUCGCACUGCGCUGUAAAAACUGUAAAACCAACAUCCACCACAGCUGCCAGAGCUACGUGGAGUUCCAGCACUGCUUUGGCAAGAUCCCUCCAGGGUUUAGACGCGCCUACAGCUCUCCUCUGUACAGCAGCGACAUCCCAGACCCCAAUAACCUGAACAGGAACGACCCGGUGUUCGACACGCUCAGAGUGGGCGUCAUCAUGGCCAACAAGGAACGCAAGAAGGGAGACAACGACAAGAAGAACAUCAUGAUGAUGGAGGAGGAGGAGGAGGAGAACCAGCAACCCAAGGAGAACGAGGAGGGAGGAGACGGAAAACCUGAUGACAAAAAGGACAAAGGCGGAGACAAAGCUGACGAUAAGACAAAGGCGUUCUCUCAGACGCACUACUAUCUGGCUCUGUAUCGCUUCAAGGCCAUCGAGAAGGACGACCUGGACUUUCAUCCUGGAGACCGGAUCACUGUUCUGGACGACUCCAACGAGGAGUGGUGGAGGGGGAAGAUGGGAGAUAAGAGUGGGUAUUUUCCCACUAACUAUCUGAUCAAAGUGAAGGCGUCAGAGCGAGUUUAUAAAGUCACUCGAUCCUUUGUUGGAAACAGAGAAAUGGGUCAAAUCACCCUGAAGAAGGACCAGAUCGUGGUGAAGAAAGGAGACGAGAAAGGCGGGUACCUGAAGGUCAGCACGGGUCGCAAACUGGGGUACUUCCCCGCCGACCUGCUGCAGGAGAUCACUGUCACAUAA